UGGUACAAGGAGGGGCUUCUGCUGCCUGACAACCAUCGUCAGGUGGGUGCAUUUUAUUCUUCAAAUUUUUAUCAAUUUUGUACACAAACAAGAGCAACAAGAAAAACCCAACUAACGACAACAAUCACCUUUGCAUCAUGCUACAUGAACAACCCAUUGAAGAAAUAGUCAUAUCUCAGAUGCAAAGUUUACUGUGUUCCAAACUGCACUGUAUUCCCUUCACAGUGCUUUUGACCAGCGCCCUAUGGACCCUGGCCAAAAGUAGUGUACUAUAUUAGGAAUAGGGUGCCAUUUGGGAUGCAGAACUGUAUAAAUCAAGCCCCUAUGUCAACUAUUGAAGUGCUAGUAUGGUCAGGGAAUCUUAAUCCUAAUCUUUAUCUUAAUCUUAGGUGGUGUAUGAGAAUGGUACUCUGAAGCUAAGUGAUGUCCAGAAGGUCUUGGACGAGGGGGCGUACCUCUGCAGCGUGCUCAUCCAACCACAGAUCUUCAUCAGCCAGACCGUCUAUGUCCAAGUCAAAGGUCAGAGGUCACUUACUCUACAGGAAGUGGGGUGGGGUCGUAGUUUAUUUGUGUGUUCAGUUGUAGUCCAAGUGUCUCUGUAUGCUUGUGGCUGUCUGUGUUACUGGAAGCUGUGCUGUGUAUUGAGAGAAGGGAGAUUGGGUGUACGUCACUGAGUGUGUGUGUAUUUGAGUAUGCUUGUGAGUGAGUUAGUUUGUGUUUGAAUGAAUGUUUGGGAGAAAGAGAGAGUGAGAGAGCGAAAGAGAGAGAGUGCACGCGUUACCUCUAAUAACCUCUGAUUAAGGGCCAGAGUGGGCUACUGCACCCUCUCAACCACUCAGCAAUUACACAAAGCAAGAGUGCUAUUGUGUGGAUAUAUAUAUAUAUAUAUAUAUAUAUAUAUAUAUAUAUAUAUGUGUGUGUGUGUGUCAGAGCACAGGGUCAAGACUGUAUUGCUUGUAUGUUGCCUGUUUUAAUGUGUGUGUUGAUGAGGUUGAAUGUGUGCUUGUCAUAGGAAGACUGAAAGGUGUGUCAUCUGGUGUUUGUGUGUUUGUGUGCAUCUCGUCAUUUCUCUGAUUUAAUUAGAUUAAUUUUAACGAGGCCCAAAUUAAAUCCCCCAGAUGUCUCAGCUCUACGUAGACCCCCCCCCCCCCCCCCCCCACCCCCCACACACACACACACACACACACACACACACACACACUCCUUGCCCCCUACUCCUACUGUGGUCACCAUGGCAACACCAAUCUUCCCCCUGCCGAUUGGGCUCUAAUUAGAGCAGCUAUUAUGGGCUGGAGAGGAGAGGAGAGGGCUGGGGAGCCGGGGAGACGCUGGGUUCCAGGAUUAGACUGACUGGAGAUCACAGGGAAGGUUACUCACCAUAAACUACCAAACAGCCCACCACCCAGUCUGAAUCACUCAACAUGAACUCUCCCUCUCUCUCUCUUCUCUCUCUCUCUCUCUCUCUCUCUCUCUCUCUCUCUCUCUCUCUCUCUCUCUCUCUCUCUCUCGCUCUCUCUCUCUCUCUCGCUCUCUCAUAUGCAUGUAUCUGCUUUCCUCCCUUUCUGUCUCUACCCUCAUCUUAUUCUAUCUCUCUCUCCCUCCUGUAUUCUGUCUCACAGUGCCCCCUCUGAUCCAACCCUUUGACUUCCCCCCCACCUCCAUUGGGAAGCUCAUGUACAUCGCCUGUGUGGUGUCGUCUGGCGACAUGCCCAUCCAUAUCACUUGGCGUAAGGAUGGCCAGGAGAUUGUGCCCUCGUCCGGCGUCAACAUCGAGACCAAGGAGUACAUGAGCUCGCUGCAGAUCGGCAAGGUGUCGCUCAAACACAACGGCAACUACACAUGCAUCGCUAGCAACGACGCCGCCACCGUCAGCUCUGAGAGACAGCUCACUGUCACAGGUGAGACAGGACCAGUUGACAGACAGACAGACAGACCCACCGUCAGGCUCCAAGUUUAAUCUCCUCCCUCCCCUCCCCUUAGUGCCUCCUCAGUUUGUGGUCCAGCCCAAUAACCAGGAUGGGAUCUACGGCAAGGCGGGGGUCCUCAACUGCUCCGUGGAUGGAUACCCCCCUCCCAAAGUCAUGUGGAAGCACGCCAAAGGUACCCAUCCUCACCUGUCGAAUUAUAGCAUUUACCAUUGCUGUAUAUCUAGCCAUGUUUGAAAUCAGCCUAAAUCAUUCAGACAUCCUAUACCAUUUAGCAGACGUGUUUAUCCAAAGUGAUUUACAACAGUCAGUGCGUCUACCAACUGAGAACCACUAUAAUAUAGUGGCAUAUGAUCUUGAUAAUCAUAGUGGAAUCAUCAGUGAAAUCCACUCACCCCCUCUGUAGGUAUAGGAAACCCCCAGCAGUACCACCCAGUGCCUCUGACCGGUCGGAUCCAGAUCAUGGGGAACGGCUCCCUGCUGAUUCGUCACGUCCUGGAGGAGGACCGGGGCUACUACCUCUGUCAGGCCUCCAACGGAGUGGGCUCCGACAUCAGCAAGAGCAUGGUCCUGACC